GAUAACAUUAAUGAUUGGUAAACACAGAUCUAAACGGGUUCUGCAACCUUUUAUCAAUAAACUGAAGUUGCGAGAGAAAGAGAAAGAAUGCUUUGAAGUAGUUUUUUUUUUUUUUUUGUAUUUUUUCUGUUUAUUGAUUUUGUUAUCAGCUUAAUUGAAUAUUAUCUAUUUAUAAGCACGAACAAAUCAAAGACAGGUGGUUUGCCCUAACAAGUAUUUCGGUACUAUUGACAUCAAACCCCGAAUCACUAGUGGAGCUUCUCACCAGACAUACCUCAUUUGUUUCCUAGAAAAUCUACCGAAUGCUUUAAACACAGACAAGUCGGUGUAUAUUGUGGCGGAGAGAGAUUUUGAGUUGAACAUUUUUGACAAAGCCUUAGAUUCCACUUCCACUUAUAUUAAAGUUAAAACGCAGAUGGCAAAUGUCAAAAACAUAAAUGUUCCGAAUAGGAUGAUGCUGUCGUAUUUUAAGAUAGAAGAAAAAGCUAUACUUAUUGAGACCACAAUCGACGCUUCUGUCAUUAUCAUUGAUGAUUACAAAAUAUCUUCGGACAGCGCCAUGGUUUUGCCAGUGAAACACCUAUCUAACACUUAUAUAAUAUCUACUCCUGAGUACUCGAACCAAACAUACAACUAUGUUCAGUUUGCAAUAGCCGCCUUAAAUAAAUCUACAGAAGUUAGAAUUAUAUUCCGAUUUGAACCCAAUCUACCACUUACUGUUGAUGGGAUUGAGUAUCAGGAUGGUAGUGAAUUCGUUAUUGUUUUAAAUGAGUUUGAGACGUAUCAAAUCAGGCAUAAUGCUGAUUUAUCUGGAACAUUCAUCAAAGCGUCGUCUAUUGUUGCUGUGUUUUCAGGGAACAGAUGUGCAAAAAUAGCUUUUAAAAAUAGAAACGACUCUGGAUUCUGUAGUCAUCUUGUUGAACAAAUCCCACCAGUAGAUAGAUUGGAUAAUACGUAUAUUGCCCCGCCAAACAUAAACAGGCACGGAACAAUUCUGAAAGUUGUGUCGCCUUUUAAAAGCAGGGUGACAUAUCAUGUUGGCAAUAAGAAAACAACAGUGUUUUUAGUUCCACAAGGAUACUUUGAAUUCUCAAUCACUGAAAACCAAGUUGCAGUUAUUGAAUCAGAACGACCCGUUCUGUUAACCAGUUUUGCUGCUGGAUCAGACACGUCAGGCGAUCCUUAUAUGAUAACCAUACCCGGGGUAACGCAGUACCUUAAUGAAUAUACAGUUGUUACUCCUAGCAAUUUUACAAGUAAUUAUGUUGCUUUAAUAAUUGACUAAAGUUCGUUACCGCACCUUACCUUAAACAAAAGAAGCUUAACUGAGUAUAUGAGGACAUUUCAUACUCCUGUGACAGUGAGGAAAGUUCGGUGCAUUGUUCUGAUGGUACAUGUAUCGGAUGGCGCUAUUAACGUCAAGACGACAAACAACGCAGUCUUUGGCUUGCUGUUAUAUGGUCAUAGAAAGAACGACGGUCACGGAUUUGCAGGAAAUGUCGUGCUACCAGACAUAUGUGUCCCAUGAUCACCGCAGAUUAUGGAUCGAUGUCGAUUUCUUCAACUUGUUCAUUACACCAUGAAAAUAUUCUAUAUACAUACAUUGUAAAAGAAUAAACACACCUUCAUUCUGCAUCACCCUCGUCGUGCCACGUACAGUCCACGAAAUAUGUCAUUACAUACUUUAUUUGAUUUCCUUUUCUUUUUACCUGAAUGAAAUGAAUAAUACUGUAUAUGAUACACUGUUGUUGAUAUUAGAGGCAACGUUAGGGUACGAUAUGACGUGUAUGCAGGAGAAAGGAACAACUAUUUUGUGUGGUAAUUGUAAUAUCACACAGAACUCCAAGUGCUAAUUAUAUUGUUAUGAAUAUACUUUACUUCCACGGGGAGAAUUUGAAAAUAUCAAUGCUAUCAGUAAAAAUAUUAAUCACUUGACGACUGCUCAUCAUGCCAUGGUCUACUUUAGAAGUUACACCUCUUCAAACACAAUGAGGUAGGUUUUACACACAAUUGCACGUCAUUGCUGUGUAGAUUUAAAUGUAAGAAGAGUUUUGUUUCUUGAUUGAUAUGAAUUAUUUCUUAAUCAGAAAUCGCAUCCCAUUAGAUAUUUAUUCACGGUCAGCCGAGUAAAGAUAGACUUUAGAAUAUAGAAUAUUUUGAUACCCAUUUCAUAUACGAGACCAUAAAGGAUUUUUUUUUUCAAAUGUACAUAUAGCAUUGUCAUAAUAUGUUAUGAAAUGUAGAUAUCAGUGUUAUUUGUCGAUAAUUUUCGAAUUUAUUUUGGUAAAUUUUCUUUGAAAUGUAAGCAUAGCAUUGUCAUAACAUUCUUUUGGUAAAUAUUUUAUGAAAUGUAAGCAGAGCAUUCUCAUAACAUUGUUUUGAUGAAUAUUUUAUGAAAUGUGGAUAUCAGUGUUAUUUGUAAAUAAUUUUUGAAAUAUGAAUAUAUCAUUGGCAUAACAUUGUUGUUUUUUUUUUAAAUAUUCUAUGAAAUGUAAGUAUAGUAUCGUAAUAAAAGUGUAUUUGUAAAUAUUUUAAGAAUUGUAGUUAAAGAUGUUUUGGUAUAUAUUUUAUGAAAUGUAGUUAAAAGUGUUUUUGUAAAUAUUUCAUGAAUGGUAGUUGAAAGUGUUUUUGUAAAUAUCUUAUGAAUUGUAGUUAAAGGUUGUUUGGUAAAUAUUUUAUGAAAUGUAGAUACAUCAUCGUCACAACAGUAUUUUGGUAAAUAUUCUAAGAAUUGUAGUUAAAAGUAUUUCGGUAAAUAUAUUAUGAAAUGUAAAUAU